GAUAGAGGAGAAAAAAUGGAGCUUUGGGGUGUUUUAAUCACUGGGGUUUUAGUGUCCUGGUAUGUGUUGAGUGUAAAUGGGGGUAGCUUACCAUCAUGUGCAUUCCCUGCAAUUUACAACUUUGGUGACUCAAACUCAGACACUGGUGGGAUUUCAGCUGCUUUUGAACCAAUCCAAGCUCCUUAUGGCGUGCCCUAUUUUCACAAGCCAUCUGGUAGAGACUGUGAUGGUCGCCUCAUCAUAGACUUCAUAGCUGAGAGGGUUAAAUUGCCAUAUCUUCAUGCAUACUUGAAUUCAUUGGGAGCAAAUUUCAGGCAUGGGGCGAAUUUCGCCACCGGAGGAUCAACCGUAAGAAGGCCAAAUGAAACCAUUUAUCAGUAUGGGAUAAGUCCAUUUUCUUUAGAUAUGCAGGUUGUGCAAUUUAAACAGUUCAAAGCAAGGGCUGCUGAAAUGUAUAAUCAAGCUAAAUAUCCUUACGAAAAGGAUAAACUUCCUAGACCUGAGGACUUUGCAAAGGCGCUUUACACAUUUGACAUCGGCCAAAAUGAUCUCUCUGUUGGGUUUAGGCACUUGAGUUUUGAUCAAUUGCGUGCAGAAUUGCCGGAUAUCAUAAACCAUCUAGCAUCAGCAGUUCAACAUUUGUAUAAGCAAGGAGGGAGGACAUUCUGGGUACACAACACGGGUCCGAUCGGUUGCUUGCCGGUUAACUUUUUCUACAUACUUAAGCCUGACCCUGGAUAUGUUGAUCAGUACGGUUGUGUCAAGAAGCAAAAUGAAAUUGCUAUGGAAUUCAAUAGGCAGCUUAAGGACAGAAUCAUCAAGCUACGAACCGAGCUCCCUGAAGCUUCGAUUACGCUUGUGGACAUCUAUACCGCUAAAAUUUCAAUGAUUGCCAAUGCUAAGAAUCUAGGAACGGCGGAUCCAUUAAAGCCCUGCUGCGGAUAUCAUGUGAACUAUGAUCAUGUAUGGUGCGGGAACAAAGCAAUCAUCAACAAAACCGAAGUAUUUGGUGCUUCGUGCAAAAAUCCUUCUGCCUUUGUAAGCUGGGAUGGAGUUCACUACUCCCAGGUCGCAAAUCAAUAUGUUGCAGAUCGCACGCUCAACGGAUCGUUAUCAGACCCUGAAAUUCCAAUCACUCAAGCAUGUCAUAAGCAGUAAGACCUUUGAUUAUUGAAAAACCAUCGCUGAUUUGCGUUAGCGGAGAAAACAAUUUGGAGCACCAUUUUCAUGUAUUGAAGGUUUGUUACGUGCAAAUUGCUCUUGUAUGUCAUA